AAGAGCUGCAACUUGAUGAGAUGGACCUAAGGAAGAUGUUGGGUUUUAUAUUCCUGUUUGUUAUCAUACAAGACUGCACCUCCAGACCUACUGAUAUAGUGGACACUACUGACCUUGAAUUAGAAGACCCUGAGCUUGUAAGAUCUCAAGCUCUUAAAAGACUUUUGGAAGUAUUUGGUAUUGAGGAACCACCACAUCCUCUUCAGCAUGUCAAACAACCACCUCAGUACAUGGUGGACCUUUACAACACAGUAGCUGAUGAAGAUGGUGUAACCAAGGACCCAGACCUUCUAGAAGGGAAUACAGUCAGGAGUUUUUUUGACAAAAUUCACAGUGACCAUAUGCAUUUCCUGUUUAACCUCUCAACUGUGGCCAGAAACGAGAAGAUUCUAACAGCAGAACUCCAUCUUUUUAAACUAAAGCCAAGGCCUUCUGAGCAAGCUUACUUCAAAAGGCACCACUUCUGUCAGAUAAGUGUCUAUCUGGUCCUAGAUAAAAAUAAAAUACAGUUGCCACAAGGGAGAAAACUGCUAUCAUCCAAACUUGUGCCUAUUCAUUCUUCAGGAUGGGAAGUGUUUUCUAUAACCCAAGCUGUCCGAGCUUGGAAUGAUGAAAGUGCUAAUCAUGGCAUCCUUGUAACUGUCCGAAAUCUGGGAGGCGCACAAGUUGAUCCAAACAUCAUCCGUUUUGCAUCUGGCAGAGAUCACCAUGAAAGCAAACAGCCCAUGCUGGUUUUAUUCACUGAUGAUGGAAGGAGAGGAAUUGUCUCAGUGAACAAUCAACCUGAUGGACAGAUGGUACCCUUACCAAAUGGACCUUUUGUGCCAGCUUCAAACAGAACAAGGAUUAGCAGAUCAGUAGAAGAUGAUGGACAACUGCCAUGCCAGAGACAUCCACUCUAUGUAGACUUUGAAGAAAUUGGCUGGUCUGGAUGGAUUAUCUCUCCUAGAGGGUAUAAUGCUUAUCACUGUAAAGGAUCCUGCCCAUUUCCUUUGGGUCAGAACAUGAGGCCCACAAACCAUGCUACGGUGCAGUCUAUCAUUAAUGCCCUCAAACUUACGAAGGGUGUUAGUAGCCCCUGCUGUGUUCCUGAUAAACUUUUUUCCAUCAAUCUACUCUACUUUGAUGAUGAUGAAAAUGUUGUUUUGAAACAGUAUGAUGACAUGGUCGCUGGCAGCUGCGGGUGCCACUAAAACCAUUUUGGACAAACACCUACAAAUGGUGGCGCUGUUUAGGGUACCAUCUAGGAUAACCUAUAGAAAACAGACCCCAUGUUUGGUGAAACACUGAUAAGCACUGUAUUUUCAGUUGUUCUACAACUGAAAGUUUCUGAGUCCAGGAAUGGUAAAAGUGUUACAUUUUAUAGAUCAAACAUGCCACUUAGUUUCUACAUUUCUAAGACAUGAUUAAAAGUUCAAAAAGGCCUGUAUCUAUAACUUGUAAAGACUGGGAGAUAGUAUUGAACUUUCCUAUUGUUUAAGUAAGUAUCUAUAGCAAACUCUGAUAUUUAACUGCAACAAUGAAAUACAAUGUAGUAUCUAAUAUAUACUGUCUAAGAGGGAUGAAUUUGAAUAUCCACAUCCAUAUACAUAGAUUACUGUUAACAACUACAGAAAGUAUCAUUAUAGCCACCAUGUGGCCUCAUGAGUGAAAAUGCAGUACACCCCAAAUCCAGUAUGUAUGCGUCUAGAUGCAUUUGCAAUGUUUUCCAAAACAUAAAUGUUACAUUUUAGGCAGCUAAGCGUGGAAGUUAAUUACAGGUGGGUGCAGCACUAAUGCAGUACCUAGUAUCUAGCAAAAUUAGAAUUUAAUAUAUCUGUCUAGCACCACGCUGGCUUGUUUGUAAUUUUUGCCCAAAUUCUAUAAACAUUCUCCAACAAUUUUGUUCUAGAGCCUAAGUGAGCAGCCAGUACAUAACUGAACACAAUAUUUGCCAAUGAAUUUAGAAUGGAAUUCCACCAAAAAUGAUUUUGGGUGGUUAGCCUUUAAAUAUUUCUGAGCUCAUGUGGCUCUAUGCAAAACUUGCAUGUACUGCGUUAUUACUCUUUGUAAUAUUUGUAUAUAAGCAAAUUGUUAAUAUAUAAUGCUUGCAUUGUAAAUCUGUAAACUUAACGUGUGAGGAUAAUUUUCUUUUUUAUAAAUGUACAUAUUAAAAUAUAUGCAUUAAAAUAUAAUUUCUAUGCAAGAACCUUGGAAAAAAUAAAAAAUGAAGAACUA